AUGCCCUCAACAGCAACCACAACAUCACCCCUCUCCAUCAUCCCCCACGCCCUCCUCCCUCCCCUCCUCUUCCUCCCCUUCUUCCUCCCGCCCUUCCCUGGGCGCAACGCCCUCUUCGCGGCCCUCGUGGCCGGCACGUCGGCCGCCUGCAACCUGAGCGCCUGGCCGCCGGCCGCGGGGCCGGACCGCGCCAUGCGCUACGGCAUGGCGGGCAGCUGGGUCUUCGUCCUGCCCGUGCUGGAGAAGCUCCUGCUGCACGCCUCCCCGGAGACCGAGUUCUACCGCCUGUCCGACGCCGCAGCAGCCGGAGGCGGUGAGGGCCAGGAGGAGGCGAGACCUCCCCCGCCGCCCAAGGACUGGACGUGGGACAAGGCGCGCUGGGCUGCCGGGCUGGCGUGCUCGCCGCGCGGGGUCGGCUGGAGCCACGGGCGCAAGCGGCCGGCGGUGGCGAGGAGGGGGGCUAGCGGCGGCGGCAAGUGGGCGUACGUCGCGCGGCAGGUCCUCGGCGCCGGGGCGGCGUACCUCGCCGUCGACGCGUGCGUGUUCCUGGCCCGGGGCGUGCCCAUGCCGGCGGCCUGGUCGUGGGACCCCGCCGUGCUGGCGCGGGUCGCGUGCCUGGAGGUGCUGCUCGGCGUGACGGUGUACGCGACGUGGGCCGUGGGGAUGUGCAUCCCCUCGGCGAUCGCAGUGGGCGCCGGGAUCAGUCGCGUCGAGGUGAGGUCCAUUGUCGGUCACCAGAGUGCUCGAAACACGACUGACCAUCAUGCCUUGCAGGACUGGCCGCCUCUCUUCGGGAACAUCGCCGAGGCCACGACCGUCGGCGCCUUCUGGGGCCGGUACUGGCACGACCUCAUCAAGCAGCCCUGCCUCAGCAUAAGCCACCGCCUCAACGCUCUCCUGCGCAUCCCCAAUCGCACCCCGCCGGCCUACGCGGUGCACCUGCUCACGGCCUUCGCCGUCAGCGGCUGGUUCCACGUGCAGAGCGCCUCCGUCGUGGCCGAGGGCUACAUCGCCGUGCCCGAGAUCGCGCGGUGCAUGGCCCUCUUCUUCGCGGGCCAGGCCGCCGUCGUCACGCUCGAGGCGGCCGCCAUCAAGAGGCUGGCGAGCUCGGCCAAGGCGCCCGGGCCGGGCAGCCGGUGGGCGCGGGCGCUGGGCUACGCAUGGACGGCGGGCUGGCUGAUGUGGUCUGGGUGGUGGUUCGUCAAGGUGUACGACUCCAUCGGGGUGCUGGAGUGGGAGAUGCCCUUUCCGGUGGUGAGCAAGAUAGCUGCACACUUUGGCUUCUGA